CUUUGUCCCACUCAAAUUGGACUUCGACUCUGCUGGCACCUUCGAUCUCAACUGGAUAAUGCAGACGCCCGGCUACGGUUCAGUCUCAUUUUGGAUGCACUGUGUCGGGGAUUUGGUCCGCAAUUACUCCUCUUCAUUCAUGAGCAAGUGAAUGCCCUUCAUCGACUCACUGGUCUGUCUCAACUCCUUCGAAGUGAUGUGCGCUACGAUUUGGGUGAUAUUCUCUCACCACUUCGUUUCUCCAUCAAACUUGGUCCCGUCGUGGAACAACAAUGCACCGUCAAGCGUUCUAAAAAACGUCCUCUGUGGAUUGUAUGGGCCAAUCCUGACAAUCUCGGCAUUCACCAUCACAAACUUCAUCAACUCCUUUUCAAACACGGGGACGAUCUACGCCAAGAUAUGCUCACACUUCAACUCCUUCGAGUUAUGGAUCAUAUCUGGAAAGAUGAAGGCUUGAAUUUGGACCUCACAAUAUACGAUUGUCUCUCCACGGGUGAAGAUAUGGGCCUAAUAGAAGUUGUUCGACACUCCCAGACAAUCAUGUCCAUUCAAGGACAACGAGUGCUACCUCCGCUUGGUUCUGAGAAGAUCUACGAAGAGGCGAUUCGUCGAUUUACAAAUAGUUGUGCAGGCUAUUGUGUUGCCACUUUUGUGUUGGGUAUCAGGGAUCGACACAAUGAUAACAUUAUGGUGGAUGACUCCGGACGGCUGUUUCACAUUGACUUUGGACACAUUUUGAACAACAAGAAAAAGAAGUUUGGAAUUACGCGGGAGAGGGUGCCGUUUGUUCUCACCAGUGAUUUUGCCUGUGGAUUAGGUCAAAUGUGGGGAGUUAAUCGCCCUUUAAAGAAGACUUCACUAGACUAUCAGUCAUUCCCCAUUCUUUGCGUAGUUGGUAUUUACCCAGGAAUAAAUUUCUGCAUUUUUAUUAGAGAUUUAAGUUAUACUUUGAGGAUUUGUCCUUUCACUUUAAUCCUCGCUUUCCAUUUUAUUCGCACUAGUGCUAAUAAGCACCAUAAACUGGGAUUAGAAGCUCGCAUUUCCGACUCAAUUUUAAUUGGUUCUUUUGGCACUUACGAUUAUGCCGUUUAA